CUAAAUCAUGCAGAUGUGGAGGUACGAUUUUAUUUUUGUCUAUAGUGCAGUUGCCUGUUUUGAGUAGUCGACUUGGAAUGCGUGGGUGGGCGCUCAUUGAAGUGAGGUUGCUUCCCUUGCGCUACCACUGAGCCUGAGCUUUACUGCUAAAUUCUUGCGGAAACCUGGUUGCAGCCUCCCUUUCUGUACCAUUUCUACGUUAUUUCUUCGCAGGCGAAGAUCUCACUCAGCGGUUUCGUGCUUGGAAUUUGCUACGGGUCCCGCCGUGCAUCUCCUCCAGCGGUUGCAACCAAGCAAUGUCAGAAUAUGACAGGGAGGUCACUCGGUUGCGGGCAGCAUUGAAUCUUCGUCGUCCGGGAGAUCAUCAUCGGUCUACGGUUAUUCGAAACCUUUCUGGUGUCUUGGGGGACAGAUAUGCUCAAUACGGUGCAGCGGCAGACUUAGAGGAGUCAAUUGUCCUCGGCCGUGUGGCGCUGGAAUUGCAACCGUUGGGACAUCCAGAGCGGUCCAACUCACUGGAUAAUCUCGCAGUUCGCCUCCAUAACCGGUUCCAGAGAGAAGGUAUCGUUGGUGAUUUAGAAGAAGCCAUUUCAUCUGGACGAGCUGCCUUGGAACUUCGACCGCCAGGGAAUAGUGACCGACCCUUUUCUCUUCACAACCUUGCUACGUUUCUUUCGACACGGUAUUCGAGAGGGGGUGGAAUGGAUUAUUUGGAGGAGGCAAUCACGCUCGGAUGCUCGGGACUAGAGCUGCACCCACCUGGGCAUCCUUUCCGGGCCUUCUCUCUUCUAAGUCAGUUGACUUACCUUCAUACAUGGUUUAGGGUAGAGGGCAGGAUGUCAGACUUAGAGGAAGCGGUUGCACUCAGUUGAGCUGCUUUGGAUCUUUGCCCACCUUCUGCUGCAACCUCUGCUCCAGAUCUGAUGCCACCAACUCUGUCUGCAGUUCUGUCUGCACCUCUGACAGACUCACCAUUCUCUGCUCUGCUUGUCUCACUCAUCAAUGCUGCUGCAUAUGUCAGAGCCUGUGCUCUCCCUAGCUCUAGACAGUUCUGCUUACAGCUCUCCACUGAUGAUGUGAAGCUUCAUGUGUCCUCUGCUUCCUCUCUGCCUCCUGACCUCUCCUUGGUCCCUCCUGAGUAUCAUGAGUUUGCUGAUGUCUUUAGUAAAGACGAGGCCACCACACUGUUUGUUCAAUCUCAAGAUUGACCUUGAGGAAGGAGCUUCUCCACCCAUUGGCAUGAUCUACUCUCUGUCUCCACCAGAGCUUGAAGCUCUCUGCACCUUCAUUGAUGAGCACCUUGGCUAUGGUUUCAUCAAGCAG